AUGACGGAGUGGACCCUGCUCAAACGUCUCCUGGAUGCUGUCCACCAGCACUCCACCAUGAUUGGUCGUUUGUGGCUCACCGUUAUGGUCAUCUUCAGGCUCCUCAUUGUGGCUGUGGCAACUGAGGACGUGUACACCGAUGAGCAGGAGAUGUUUGUGUGCAACACCAUUCAGCCAGGAUGCUCCACUGUUUGCUAUGACGCGUUUGCGCCCAUCUCGCAACCUCGUUUCUGGGUGUUUCACAUUAUCAGCGUCUCUACGCCAUCCCUCUGCUUCAUCAUCUACACAUGGCACAACCUGUCCAAGCGGCCCCUCAACACCACCCUGAGGUUGGGGCAGGGGACAGGGGAUAACCCAGGGCAGGGACGCCCAGAUGUAUGGCGAGACAGCGGACUGGAGGCAUAUGAUCGGAGCUGUGACUCAGAUAGCUGCUCCGUUCGCUCCCAUAAGCAUUUAGGACACAGCCUGGCAGAUGUGCUGGAGGGAAUACCCACCCAGAACCUCCAGAGGGGAGACCCCAAGAUCAUAGUGACCUUAAGCCAGGCCCGAGCUUGCCCUUUUAGAGCGGGCAACGCAGUGGGUCAUGUGGUCGCUGGAGGGGUUCUCUCCAAAUGUUACAUCUUCCAUGUGUGUUUACGUGCUAUUCUGGAGGUGGGCUUUGUCGUGGCCCAGUGGAAGCUGUUUGGCUUCCAGGUGCCUGUCCAUUUCCUCUGCACCUCAGCCCCCUGCAGCCAGCCAGUGGACUGCUAUGUCUCUAGACCCACAGAGAAGACCAUCUUCUUGUGCUUCAUGUUUUGUGUGGGAGUUUUCUGUAUCCUUCUCAACCUGCUGGAGCUCAACCACCUGGGCUGGAAGAAGAUCCGCCAGGUGUUAAAGAUGAGGGAGAGGACCAACUGGGGAGGUUGCCAAGGUAUGAGGGGGGGAUAUGAAACCUUUCCCCCUGACUGUCCCUCUCUCACAUCCUCUUUAGGCUUCAGAGAUGUGACCAGCACCACCUCUCUCCCCACGUUAGACCUGGUGGUGGAACACCAGCCGGACUGGACUUGUGCUUUGAACUGUAGCAGUAUAAGGGAGCCCGAAGAGGUCAGAGAGACUAAAUUGGAGCAGCCAAAGAGACAAGACUCCCAUAAAGGAGAGAGGCAGCCUCUGAAGAGUAUAAGGGAGAGCAGGGAGUCCAAGCAAAGGAGUGCUCAGGUCUGGAUUUAG